GCGGAUGGCAGCAACCCCUCCCCCAUGCGCUGGUCACUGGCUGGAAGGCGGUGGGCGGGGCGGAGCGUUUCCGGCGCGAAGCUGUGACGCGCUCAAUCGGCGCCGGGGGCUCUCCGGCGGUCGAUCGGUGGUGGGAGAUGGCGGAGUAUCUGGCCUCCAUCUUCGGCACAGAGAAGGACAAAGUGAACUGUUCAUUUUAUUUCAAAAUUGGAGCUUGCCGUCAUGGGGACAGAUGUUCUCGAUUGCACAAUAAACCAACAUUUAGCCAGACCAUUGCCCUCUUGAACAUUUACCGUAACCCUCAAAACUCUUCCCAGUCUGCUGACGGUUUGCGCUGUGCUGUGAGCGAUGUUGAAAUGCAGGAACAUUAUGAUGAAUUCUUUGAGGAGGUCUUCACGGAAAUGGAAGAAAAAUAUGGUGAAGUUGAGGAGAUGAACGUUUGUGAUAACCUUGGAGAUCAUCUAGUUGGAAAUGUAUAUGUAAAGUUUCGUCGUGAAGAAGAUGCAGAAAAGGCUGUGAUUGAUCUGAACAAUCGCUGGUUUAAUGGUCAGCCGAUUCAUGCUGAGCUUUCACCUGUGACUGACUUCAGAGAAGCUUGUUGCCGUCAAUAUGAAAUGGGAGAGUGUACGCGAGGAGGUUUCUGUAACUUUAUGCAUUUGAAGCCCAUCUCCCGAGAAUUGCGACGUGAGUUAUAUGGACGUCGUCGUAAGAAGCAUAGAUCCAGGUCAAGGUCCCGUGAACGUCGUUCUAGAUCCAGAGAUCGUGGUCGUGGAGGCGGUGGCGGAGGAGGAGGCGGUGGCGGAGGAGGAGGAGGGCGGGAACGUGAUAGGAGGCGGUCAAGAGAUCGUGAAAGAUCUGGUCGAUUCUGAGCCAUGCCAUUUUUACUAUAUGUCCAGUAGAAAGUGUUGUAGUCGAUUGACCAAACAAGUUCCUAAUGAGAUUUUUUUUUUUAAAAAAAGAUGGGCUUCUGAAUAAAAAUUUGUAGUGAUACAGUA